AUGGCGAGGCAUCUUCGAAACGCUUCCACUCUGAGGCGCGCUCUUGUUGGUACCGGGGUACCAUGUCUCUACUUCAAUAUUUUAGAUGAAAGUGAGUCUGGUGAAGAAAGUAUGUCAAAGAAAGAGUUGGCCUUGCAACAAGCCCUUGAUCAAAUUACUAGUCAAUUUGGAAAGGGUUCUAUCAUGUGGUUUGGCCGCUCCGAAGCUCCCAAAAAUGUUCCAGUCGUGUCUACAGGUUCUUUUGCCCUUGAUAUGGCACUUGGAUGCGGUGGAUUUCCAAAGGGUCGUGUGGUCGAGAUUUUCGGUCCAGAGGCUUCUGGGAAAACCACUCUUGCUUUACAUGUUAUUGCUGAAGCACAGAAGCAAGGAGGUUACUGUGUUUUUGUUGACGCUGAGCAUGCCCUUGAUUCAUCAUUAGCUAAGGCUAUUGGGGUGAACACUGAGAACUUGCUUCUUUCGCAACCUGAUUGUGGCGAACAAGCUCUCAGUCUUGUUGAUACUCUCAUCCGGAGUGGUUCUGUUGAUGUUGUUGUUGUUGAUAGUGUAGCUGCACUUGUGCCUAAAAGUGAACUUGAUGGAGAGAUGGGUGAUGCUCAUAUGGCAAUGCAAGCCAGAUUGAUGAGCCAGGCACUUCGCAAGCUGAGCCACUCUUUAUCGCAGUCACAAACUAUUCUGGUCUUUAUAAAUCAGGUGAGAGCAAAGCUUUCAACUUUUGGAUUUGGCGGGCCCACUGAAGUAACCUGUGGUGGUAAUGCUCUGAAGUUCUAUGCUUCAGUUCGCCUAAGCAUAAGAAGGGUGGGGUUGAUCAAGAAGGGAGAGGAGACAACAGGAACUCAAGUUCAAGUGAAGAUAGUGAAGAAUAAGCUUGCCCCUCCAUUUAAAACAGUUCAAUUUGAGCUUGAGUUUGGAAAGGGAAUAAGUCGUGAAUCAGAGAUCAUAGAAUUGGCGUUGAAACACAAACUCAUCAAGAAAAAUGGCUCCUUUUAUGAUUGUAAUGGUCGAAAAUACCAUGGCAAGGAAGCCUUGAAGGAGUUUCUAGCUCAUAAUGAUGAUGUGCAGGAAGAGCUUAUAUUGAAGCUUACGGAGAAGCUACUUGAAGCUGAGACAGAUCGAGAACUGAGAGAUGGGUCUACAGAUGGGGAAUCUACUCAAGAAAUCAUCUCACCUGAUUCUACUGAUGAAGAAGUAGUAGCUGCAGCUGAAGCAUAG